CGACCUGGUGCAUCGAUAUAAAUACAGGCGGGGUGUAAACAGUACACGGACAGCUGCAAAACAACUAGCUGGUCCCUCCGGUGUGCUGUGCCUCUCACGUUAUGGGUUUUCUCUGCAUGUGCAUGCCCAAGAAACGUCCGUCCUCCAGCAGUAACACUGAGAAGUCCAAGAGGGCUGAGGUGAGACCUCAGGCCAAAUCUGCCUCUGCUCCAACAAAGAAGCACACAGAUGAUCUUUUAUUCAAGGAAGAACAAUACAAACUCUUAAAUGCAGAGCUGGAAGCCAAAACUGCAGAUAUUGUAAGACAGGCAGAACAACUUAUGAGAGAACAGAGUGAAGUUCUGUCAAAACCCUUUUCCACCCUCCUGCUCAUGGACAUCGAUGAUGAAGACGAAUCAAGGAUAAUGAAGCAUCAACAGGCUGCCGUGCAGGAGCCUGGUGUGAAGGCGGUGACCAAAAAAAGAGCCACAUCAACAUCACACAUGUGUCCUGAAAAACAAGGGAAAGGGCCUCACCAUAAAACAGCAACCCCAAGUGUGUCUCAGGUGGAUGAUUUAGCAGCUGUAGAAGACUCAGCUGAUUGUUUUCUGGCAAAGACGAUACGUAGCAUGGAGGAGAAGAUGAACAACAACACUGUGAUUCAUGAAAAUGGUUUGGAUGAUGGGGCUGAUGCUGGAGAAAAUCUAGGAUCAGGUGUUUCAGAUGCUCAGAUACGAGUUCUGAAGGCAAAACUGCGGAUCAUGCAAGAGGAACUGGAUCAGCUGUCAUGUGAAUAUUAUAAGAAGGAUGAUGAAAACGCUAAACUUAGUGCAAAAAUUAAAGAGCUGGAGGAGGAUCGAGCCAGACUGCAGAAAACAACAAACAUCCAGCAGACGCAGAUCGAGAAGCACAGAGCUUUGGCAGAGGAGUCCGACAAAAAAUGUGAUGGUCUUCAGCUGCAAGUGUCUGCUUUACACAAGGAAAUAGAAAAUAUGAACAGAUCCCACAAACAAGCAGCGGCUGUCCACAGCACUGUUGAGGUGCGUCUGAACAGAGCCUUGGAGGAGGUGGAGAGGUUAAAGACUCAACUCAACAAGAUGAAACAGAUGAACAAGGACAAGAUAAGUGAGGAACAUCAGAGUAAAGAAAAUCUACUUGCUGAAAACAAAAUGCUAAAGAAGCAGAAAGCAGAACUCAUCGUGGGUUUUAAGAAGCAGCUCAAGCUGAUUGACAUUCUCAAAAGACAAAAGGUACGUGUCUCUAUCUCAUUCACCCUGUUAAUACACACCCUGCUCAUAAUCCAAUCAAAAUUUUCACGGACUAUCUUUUUGUUUUCUUUUUCUGUUCAGAUGCAUUUUGAAGCUGCCAAGCUGCUGUCAUUCACAGAGGAUGAGUUCAUGAAAGCUCUGGACUGGGGGAAGUCGUAAACACUCAGAGCUUCAGACAUAUAGAAGAGAUUUAAGAAAUUUAGAUUCAGAGGUUUGUCUGACCUUGUCUGCACAAACCUAAUAAAAACAUGUCACUAAAUCAUGUUGUUGUUACUGAAUACUAAACAAGUUCUAUCAUAUAAACUGAGAAAUUAAUUUUUG